CUCUCUCUCUCUCUCUUUCUCGCUCGCUAACAGCUGGUGGUCAAAGUCGACGAGUUGGUUCCCACGCUGAACUUCCCGCCUCUAAUCACCUUUACAGAAAGAUAUAAACAAGCCUUUUUUCUCUCUCGUCACGGAUUUCUCUCACCGCCCUCUCCUUCUUCUUCUUCAGCGCAAGGAUCAAAUUGCUGCAGCUACUGGUUGUUUUCGAGUGUUACGUUUGAGCUUCUCCUUUUCCUCUUCCCCGUCCUCCGCUUCCUUCCGCUUAUUCUUCGUAUCGUUCCUCUCGUUUCUCUUUUGCUUCUCCUUGUGCCUUGGAUCUUGCUGUGGCGGCGGGGGAGAAGCGGCCAUGGGAAGUUGCUGGAGUGCGAGGAUCAAGGCGGAGAGUCCGUCACACUGCGUCCUGGACACAGGGGGCUCAUCAAAGUAUUCUGGAAAGGAUGGGCCUGACCAUGGAACUCUCAGCAAGUUUCCGUCAGGAUCAGUGACUGCACCUCAAACUCCCAGAAGCGAAGGGGAGAUCUUACAAGCCUCAAAUGUCAAGAGCUUCACCUUUUCAGAGCUCAAGGCUGCCACCAGAAACUUCCGUCCUGAUUCUGUUCUAGGAGAGGGGGGAUUUGGUUCAGUCUUCAAAGGCUGGAUUGAUGAAAAUUCUUUCACUGCAACCAAGCCUGGCACUGGCAUCGUCAUUGCUGUCAAGAAACUUAACCAAGAGGGAUUUCAGGGUCACAGAGAAUGGCUGGCAGAGGUGAACUAUUUGGGGCAGCUGUCCCACCCAAACUUGGUGAAAUUGAUUGGCUAUUGCUUAGAAGAUGAGCACAGAUUACUUGUUUAUGAGUUCUUGCCUCGGGGAAGUCUAGAACAUCAUCUUUUCAGGAGGGGCACAUACUUCCAGCCACUUUCUUGGCAUCUUCGAAUGAAGGUUGCUCUAGGAGCUGCUAGGGGGCUCGCCUUUCUACACAGCUCUGAAACGAAAGUGAUUUAUCGUGAUUUUAAGACAUCAAACGUUCUGCUUGAUUCGAAUUACAACGCUAAACUUUCUGACUUCGGGCUGGCAAAAGAUGGUCCAACCGGUGACAAGACUCAUGUUUCCACAAGAGUUAUGGGAACAUAUGGAUACGCAGCUCCUGAAUACUUGGCAACAGGUCAUUUGACUACAAAGAGCGAUGUAUACAGCUUUGGGGUUGUUAUGUUGGAAUUGUUGUCUGGACGACGGGCGGUUGACAAGAACCGUCCUUCUGGGGAGCACAAUCUUGUAGAAUGGGCCAAGCCCUACUUAAGAAGCAAGCGUAGGCUGUUCCGCAUUCUGGACGGGAGGCUCGAAGGCCAGUUUUCCAUGAGGUCCGUUCAGAAGGCUGCUACACUCACACUCCUCUGUCUAUCUUCCGAGCCCAGGUUGCGGCCUACCAUGGCUGACAUUGUAAUAGCACUGGAGAAGGUACAGGAAGCACCACCACCUCCAUCCAAAGGCCCUCAAUCUAAUCAGAGGACAGGGCAAGAACGGAACCCCAGGGAGCCAGUGGUUCAGAAGAACCGCCGGUGGUCCGACGUUACAAACGGCGGAAGAGUUCCAUAUCCAAGGCCUUCAGGCUCACCACUGUAUUCAUAGAAAGGAAAAGGAAGACCGCGGCAGCGACAUUUGAAGGAGCAAAACUUGGCAAUGCUGUUGUAUUCUACUACAGCUUUAUGCACCAAGCUGGACUGCUGGUGGCGAUGAUUAAAGCAUCACGUUGCAGUCGGAGCCCGAUGUUUCUCUUCGAUCUUUGCCGCUAUAUCUGGAAUUUGCUCUCAAAUUGGUAGCUAGAGAAAUCAACAAUGUUUGAUGAGAGGUCUUUAUACUUCUUUGCAUCUUUCCCCUUAUGGGGUGUGGAGGAGAGGCCUGAGGGGUUUCUGCCCGGUCGGCUAUUUGGGGUUUCCGUUCGUUUGUUGUACUUGGUGCUUGCCUAAUGCUGUAAUCUUUUAAUAUGUUUCAUCGCCCUCACUUGGGGGAUGCGAUUGUGUGUAUGUAUUUUUGCACAAAUGUUAAUCAUCAUUAACGGAAUGAAUUCAUAGUAUCAAGAUCACAAAA